UGCAGUCCGGACUUUGCGCGUCGUCGUCGCCUCUCGGCGCAGUUUGCGUUGCAGGUGCUUUUUGGACGCGGAGCGCCAGGACAGAUGGCUGCGCUGACGAUACAGCGGACUGACAACUUUUUACACACGUUUUUGCAGGACCGGACGCCCAGCUCCUCUCCAGAGGGAGCCCCCAACGCUCUCUCCUUCCUGGCCACCACCUGUAGCCAGGCCUGGCAGGUGGGGGGCUCCAUGGGCUCCGAGGGCUCGCAGUUCCCCUACGAAGGCACCGUCAGCUCCACGUCGGGAAUGUUUCAGCUGUGGAGCAACGACAUGGCUCCCACCACGGCCCUCAGCACGCACCAGAUGACCUUCACCGUGCCCAAGGUGCAGUUCACCGGACACGUGCAGUCCACUUUGAGUCACCAUCAUCACCAUCACCACCACCCCCAUCACCACCACCACGAACUGCCUCUCACCCCGCCGGCCGAGCCUCCCUCGUCCUACUCCUUCGAGCUGUCCCCCGUGAAAGUGCUAUCCUCGCAGCCGCAGUCCGCCGCUCCCUACUACCCUCAGCACAACGGAGUGGGUCAGAACUUUCCCAGCUUCCUCCAGAACUCCUCAGCCAGGCAUCAUUUAUCCGGGGGCCACGUGGAGGACGGCCAGCAGUGGUGGAGUCUACCCCAGACCAACGCCGCCCCCUCCAACCACCCCUUCUCCCUGGGAAGGCAGCUGGUUUUGGGCCACCAGCCGCAAAUCGCCGCUCUCCUCCAGGGCACGUCCAAAGGUCUGCUGAGCUCCACCCGCCGCUGCCGCCGCUGCAAGUGCCCCAACUGCCAGGCGAACGGCGGCGGGCUGGAGUUCGGGAAGAAGAGACUCCACAUCUGCCACAUCCCGGAGUGUGGCAAGGUCUACAAGAAGACCUCUCACCUGAAGGCGCACCUGCGCUGGCACGCCGGCGAGAGGCCCUUCAUCUGUAACUGGCUCUUCUGCGGUAAGAGCUUCACCCGGUCGGACGAGCUGCAGCGGCACCUCCGCACCCACACUGGGGAGAAGCGCUUCGGGUGCCAGCAGUGCGGCAAGAGAUUCAUGAGGAGCGACCACCUCUCCAAGCACGUCAAGACCCACCAGACGAGGAAGAGCCGGUCUGGGCCGCCGCCACAGAGCACGGACCCUCUGCUCACCAACAUCAAGAGAGAGUAGCCUCUCCGGCCCUUCGUUCAGAAACAACCAUCAUCCACGGACGGACUGAGACUUAUUGCCAUAGGU